UCUCAAAUCCCCCACAGGAGUUUUUUAGUAGAAAGCAUGGAAUAGAUCCAUGGGCAGGGAAAUAGGUGGGACCCAUGGGAUUGAGACCAGGCUGGUUUGUUGAGGCCUUCGCCAGGUAUUGACUGACCCUGUACCUCAGGCCUGGCCUAUGUGCUGCACUCAAUUGUGGCCCCUGUUCUCAGAGCUUCUACUCCAGAGAGAAUACCACCCUGGGGUCAGUGAGAACCCAGGGUGAUGAGGGGAGGGAGAGCUUCCUGGAUAAGUGAAAGAUAGCAAGAGUGAGCUUUCCAGUGGCAUUGACCUUCCUUAGCAACUUCAUUUCUCCAUGCCCUCAGGGCAUGCUGUGUUUUCUGGACCAUGCUGGGGGACAGGAGCAGCGAUCUCAGGCCCACUGUCUUCCCCUUAGGAGCUGGGAGCCAUGUAAAGGGACCUACAAUAACAAGGAAGGAGAUCAAGCUAGUUACCAGGGUUGGAGGCCAAAAGGUACCCCAGAACACCCAACUCUGGGUCCUCAGUCUGGGACGUCCCUGUCUGGGCAGGUUCAUGUGCUUGGGCAACAGUGCCCUCUGCUGACUCUUCCUAGUGAUACAUCUGAGUUUCCAUUUAUGGUUGUGGUAAAGGAGCCUGUUGCCUGUCCUCCAGAUCUCAUGAGAAUGCAAGUGAAGAACGUCUCUGUUUUCAGCCAGUCUCUGGAUUAUUGUACUGGCUUUGUUAUAGAUCUCUCCAGUCCCUGCAGGAUAAAGCUCAAACCACUUAAUAGGGCUUAUGAGAACCCAUGUGACCUGGCACCUGGUGACCUCUUUAUGCUUCCCCUUAAGACGUCAGUGAUUCAUUCAUUAUGGGGAAUUACAAAUUCCUUUUGGAACCUAUAAAUGCCAUGAACCUCUGCCUUGGAAAAUUCACACAUACUUAGGAUUUGGCCUAAAGAUUUACAGGUGUCUAGCCAGGUGUGCACAUCUGUAAUUCCCACACUUAGUAGGAAGAUUGUAAAUGCAAGGCAAUACCCUUUCAUGGGAUUCUCCAAUUCUCCAGAACCCAAUCAUGACCUUCAAGUUAGGACCUCUUCCCUAUUCCCUGACCACACCAAAGAGCUCACAUCUGAACUCACCAUACCAGCCAUUGUGCCUUAGACCAGUCAUACACCAACUGUUGCUCAGCUUUGAGAUUGGGCCUCCUUUCUGACCCAGAUUGGGGUGGGCAACUCCCCAGGUCCAUCCAAGCUCUGACCACUCUAAGUCAUGGUGACACCUGCUGGUAACAGACCCCUUAAUGUGAGUCCCUUACCCAUCCCACAGCGCAAAUCACGACUACAGUUCUUCCUCUACAUCACACUUUCUCCAGUCUGGGAACACAAAAGUGGAAAGUUCUGUCCCUGACCUCACCACCCGUCUCACGCCAGCCAAGCACUGGCUGUGAUGACAGAAGAAAGAAUGAUGGUUUAAUGAACACUCCUUGAGGUUAUGAGAAAAUGAAGAGAAUACAUAGGUCUAAAAAGACACAAGUUCAAGUCUAUAUAAUAGCUUCAGGCUCUGAGAAGUGACUACUCAGCCAGCCAUUCCAAAUAUUAAGCACACCGAAAGAACAAAUGAACCGUGGUUCGAGCUCCUAAUUUUCCCAUUCCAGAUAGGAAUGUCUGAAGGUCCUCCCGCCGCUUUCCUUCCUUCCGCUGGGCCUUGGUUGGCACGCAUGCGCACAGGAAAGGUCCGCCAUGAGCCGGAACUUGGGUGCCUGGGCGCAGUGCAGCACCUGGCUGGUGGAGCGCGCACUGCCGGAAGCGGCUGCUGAGGGAGUGGGGUUGAGACUGGUGUGCCGAGCCCGCGGCGGCGGUUAACAAGUCGGAGAGUGUUGGGAUGGAGGCCGUGGUGGACGCGGCGGCGGCGCGGGAACUCGAUGAGGGCUGCACAGAGCCCAAAUCUCGGCACUGGGGGGAGCUAAACCAGGCACCAGUCCCAUCGAGACCCCAGGAUAAAGAGGAGGCAGCGAAUAACACCACAGGGGCCCUGGGUGGGGACGUGCCCAGGGCUGAGAAUGCCGCAGUGAGUGCUAUGUUGCAUGCCGUGGCUGCCAGCCGCCUGCCCGUGUGCAGCCAGCAGCAGGGCGAGCCUGACCUGACUGAGCAUGAGAAGGUGGCCAUCCUGAGCCAGCUGUACCAUGAGAAGCCACUGGUGUUCCUGGAGCGCUUCCGCACAGGCCUUCGAGAGGAGCACCUGGCCUGCUUUGGCCACCUACGUGGCGACCACCGUGCAGAUUUCUACUGUGCCGAGGUGGCCCGACAGGGCACUGCCCGGCCACGCACUCUAAGAACCCGCCUGCGUAACCGGCGCUAUGCUGCCCUACGUGAGCUCAUCCAAGGGGGUGAGUACUUCAGUGAUGAGCAGAUGCGGUUCCGGGCCCCAUUGCUAUACGAACAGUACAUCGGGCAAUACCUCACCCAGGAAGAGCUCAGUGCCCGCACUCCAGUCCCCCAGCCUCCCCGGCCUGGCUCCCCCAGCACACCUGCCUGCCCGCUCUCCGACCUGUUACUCCAGUCCUAUCAGGAGCGAGAGCUGCAGCAGCGGCUGCUCCAGCAACAGGAGGAAGAGGAGGCCUGCUUGGAAGAAGAGGAAGAGGAAGACGACAGUGAUGAGGAAGACCAGAGGUCAAGCAAAGAUUCAGAGACAUGGAUGCCUGACUCAGAGGAGAGGCUGAUCCUGCGGGAGGAGUUCACCAGCCGGAUGCAUCAGCGCUUCCUGGAUGGCAAGGACGGGGACUUUGACUACAGUACAGUAGAUGACAAUCCUGAUUUUGACAACCUGGACAUCGUGGCACGGGACGAGGAGGAGAGGUACUUUGAUGAGGAAGAGCCUGAAGAUGCACCCAGCCCAGAGCUGGGUGGGGACUGAUGGCUGCUGCCAGCCUGUCCAGUCCCAGCAAGGCAGCCGAUUACUAGCUGGUUCAGGAACAUCCUCCAAGGGAUCAUCAGGGCAGCACCCUGCCAUGCCCCUGGCCUGAUCUCAUCUUAGACAGUACCCCCACCUGUUUCUGGGGCUCUCUACCCUUCUCCCUCUUUCCCCAUCUCUCCUGGUCCCCCACCUCUGUCUUUUUCUUACUGUCUGAGGUUCUUUUGUGUGUGUGAGUUUCUAUCUGUCUGUCUCUCUCUGUGUCUCUCCCUCUGUCUUACUGACCUCCUCCUCCUCCUUUCCAGGUCCCCUGCCUCUCUAGGCUCUGGCCCUAUAGCAGGGUCCAGAAUGAAUGUCUUUCCUCACCCCUCCUUGACUUGAGGCCAGCCAGUGGGACCGUGGUGGCUAGAGUUGACUGCAGCACCCAACUCGGGCUGCACCUGGGUCCCGGUACAGCUCUGUGUCUUUGCCCACCUCCACCUGUCUGUCUUACUGCUUCUGAUAUGGUCCCCUCUCCUGCCUCACUGCUGUUCCUUCUGCCUGUACAUUGCCAUUUCUCUCCUGGCUGCCUCCUUCCUACUGUCUACCUCAGCGUUUAUCUCCCUGGGUUUCAGUCUUCCCCACCACAGAUUCUGCUCCCUCCCCCAGGUCUCCCUGCCUAUGGGCAGCAGAACCCUGACUUCCCAGUAAUGUGGCUGCACUUGCAGGCAGGGGGCCUACAGUGGCCAUCAGCUCCUGUCUCCUUUAGGACCCUGGCCAGGAGGGCUGGUAGAGCAGAACUGGGGAUCAUAGGAGCAACUUGGAGAGGGGGCAGGGGAGUCCCCCCCAGCCCAGCCACAAUUUUCCCUUCCUUCACUUCCUCCGCCUCCCUCUCCUGUUUACACUCCCCAAAUACAGGCUGUUAUCAUGGUCCUGAGUCAUCCCACACACACAGCCUGCCCCAGCAUCCCUGCCCCCAGCCAGCCACAGGGCCCGCCCCACAGAGCCCCCUGCCGCCCCAGGCUAAUGGAAGCCAGAUGGCCCGCCUGUGACUCAGCCACAGCCUGUGGGAACCCAGGCAUCCCACCUUCCCAUGCCCCACCCCCAGCCCCUGCUGCCCCAGCAGACAGAAGGGGCUGGUCACUGUGGGGGUAGAGGGAGACAGGCCAAGAAGAGUUGGUGAGGCUGGGCUGAGGACCCUCACUCCUGUGAGAAUGACAGCUUCUUGCCCUGGCCACACCUGAAUGACCCUUACAGUCACUUCCUGAGGCCACAGUUAUUGACCCCAGAGCUUCAGCUCUGCACUAUGGGUCAACUGGAAUCAACCAAGAAUGCUGGAUGGAGGCAGAGGGCUGUUCAGAUGGAGGGACUAUUAAAUACUGAAAGCCCGGCUCUAGAGCACUGUGGUCUGUAUCAGACUGAACAAGCCACCAACAUCAUGAUGAAGCCUCCAGACAGCUCAGGAAGCAGACACUGUAGGUUCUGUGUCACAGAUGGCAAGGAGGCUGAGAACAGUCUCCCAGGCAGAGCUGAGAUGGGAAGCCAGCUCCUAGCGACCACUUGGCCACCCUGCCUGUCGGUUCUUGGGCCACCUGAGACAGACAGAGGUGGAGAGACACACAGACAUCUUCAGGUGGAAGACUCAAGGAGAGGCAGGUGCUGAGGAAGAUGUCUAGCAGGUGGGCACCCUGUCCUACACGGUUGGGACCAAGUCAUCUCUGUGUCUUCAUCACUCAGCCAUCACAGAACACCUGUGCUGUGAUACUGUCAGUGUCACUACUACCAUCUCCUGAGGAAGUCACAGCAACGAGGCCCCAGCCCUUUCAGGGGAAACAUCACUUGGAAAGACGAGCACAGAGAUGAGCGUGUCUGUCUCAGGUACUUGGCCUUCGUGCCCUCAGUUUGUAAGAGUUCUUUCGUGGUGACCAGUCUGCCAUUUGCUCAUUAAAUUUGUUUAUGAUAUACUCUGCCAUGCCUAAAUUUGUUAUGUAACAUUCUGAAAAAGAUGAGAGGCACAGCCAUUGAGUCAGAAUCAGGGUUAGUCAGAUGGUGACGGGGAGCAGCAGUUGCUGAGAGACAGAGGUGGAGCUAGUUACAGGGACAGGGAUUAGAUGAGACAGGAAGAGAGGUGGAGACAGAGGAUGGCAGGGACGGCAGAGACACACCCCUGGUCACAGCCAGAGCAGCCCCCACAGGCCGGUGCCUCUUUCUCUGCUCCCAGGCCUGGAGAUGGGGUGGGCGGAGAGGCUGAGUCAGGGAGGGAGAGCCCCUCUAUGGGCAUCCGGCCCCCACCCCCAUGUCUCCUGUCUGUCCUGCCCUGGCCACCACCCACGCCCCCCACCUCUGUGUGUCCUGCCAAAACUGAAACAGACUCUGCUCCUUUCUGUCAAGGCUCUGCCUACCCCACACUGUCCUGUUCCCCUGCUUCUCAUUUCCUUUGGAUCCUUUUGUCUCUGUACCUCUGGCUGUCACCAUCUCCCAUAACUGCAUCUGGGUCUCCUGAGGCCCUCCGCCCUUAUUCUCCCUGUACCUCUCCCUCCUUCACUUUUUUCUAUCCCUUGUCAUUCUCUCCGAUCCAGGCUCUGAGCUUCUGCCACUGUCUGGAUAGCCCUGCUCCCCAUCCCUCUCUCCCUCCUCCCCUCUCUUUCACCCUCAUUUUUUCCUGUCCCUCUCUCUGCUGUUUCCUGGUCCACCCCCCUUCCUCCCUCUCAGUCUCUUGUCUCCAGAGCUCCACUGGUGGCCCCUGGGAGCCCAGAAUGAGGGGUCAACACCUUGCCCCCACCAGGGAGGGGGCAGCAAAGCUUCGGGCCUGUCUGGCCAGAAGGAAAUGUCUGUGCUGUGGCCUGGUCACCCCCGCCCCCAGGACCUGCUGGGCUGCUGCCGCCCCCAGGCUGAGGCCGAGUAAACACAGCCGCCAGUAGCCUGGGGAUAUUUAUACCCAGGCUGGGCGCAGGGCCAGUGCCCACCACAGCCCCUGCCCUGCCCUGCUGCUUCCACAGCCAGCUUGAGCCAGCGUGGCACCAGCCGGCAAGGGGACACUACAGAUGAAGCCUCUACUCAGUACCAGGGCCAAGAGGCAGGCACUGUUGCACAGCUGCCAGUGGUUUCACAGGAUGUGUAAAGACCCCUCCUCUGAAACACCACACAGUGCAGCCCACUGCACACACACACACACCAGGCCUCCAAACACCUUCUAAGGGGAUCCCCACAACUCACACUCUGAAGUCACCAGCUCACAGGUGGGGUCACCAAAGCAGACCCUACCUGUUCAAGAUAUCCACAUAGGGUGAAAACACCAGUCUAUGAGAGGGAUUCACACAACCCAGAAAUACAGACACUGCAAAGGCCUCAGCACAGCCACACACCAUCUGUGAAAUACACAAGAGCUCAGAAAACAAGGUUCAAACCGAUCACAAACUAUCUCAGAAAGCUGGGCACUGGUGGCUCAUGCCUGGAAUCCUAGCUAUUCAGGAGGCAGACAUCAGGAGAAUUUCUGUUUAA